GAUCAACCACUUCAGUUAAUAACGGUCGUCACUUUAUAAAUCCAUUUAGAUACCCAUUUCACAUAAUUCAAUAUGCCAAAGGAAAAGGCUCCCAAGCGUGCUGCCAAGAAGACCGAGAAGAAGAAGAAGGAUCCUAACGCACCAAAGCGUGGACUUUCUGCAUACAUGUUCUUUGCCAACGAACAACGUGACAACGUUCGUGAGGAGAACCCCGGAAUCUCUUUCGGUCAAGUCGGAAAGGUUCUCGGUGAACGCUGGAAGGCUUUGAACGAUAAGCAAAGAGGUCCUUAUGAGGAGUCUGCUGCCAAAGAUAAGAAACGUUACGAAGAGGAGAAGGCCAAUUAUAACGCCGAUGCUGAGGAGGAAGAGUCUUCUUAGAGAUUUCUUUAAUCACUCAAACUUUCAAUCACUUCAUCUCGACAAAUGAUAGUCUUGAUAGCUACCUAUCCGACCAUCAAUAUCAAAGAUGACAUAAUCAUACAAGUUGGGAGGUUCUCCGGGGUUAUCUUUUCUGCUUUUCAUUUGGGCUGGGGUGUUAUGUUUUGACAGGGGAAUGGGAUGAUCAACUUGUGCACAUGUUGCCGUUUUCCUUUUCAUAUCGGAUGAUGAUCUUGCGGUAUCGUUUUUUGCUAUCGAUGGAUUUUUUUUAUGGUCUGGUCUGGUCUGGUCUGGUCUAGGUCAAAGUCUAGGUCUGUCUAGAUAGGUCUGGGACAAGAGAUAAGAUCAUGGUAAAUUUCUACAACCAAUU